CCUGCACGCACCAGGAAGGUCUGAAUAACCUGAAUGUGAGGAGCCUUACAGAAGCUGCUGAUCUAUAUUUGGAUUGGAACCAGCUGCAUGUUACCAGAUCUGACAAGAGAAACAAACAACCAAGUCUAAAAAAUAAAAGCCCAAAAGAAGCAACUUUGCUCUUCAAUGAGAUACAUCUACCUGCCCCCCUUCAAAAUAAGAUGACCUUACCUUAACGACCUAACCCCUACCUCUCUUUGGAGGUAGUUAAGCCAAAGCCUAGUCGGCUCCGAGUCUGUGCAUCCAAGAAAACCUCACACACAUGUGGCCUGAGUGAUUGGAUCUCAAAGUGUCCUAGGGUUGUUUACUCGCGACCCGAUCACCAAGACUCGGAUUUGAAACUCAAACCCCAACCUUCCAGAUGGUGAAUCUUCGCUAUCCAUAAAUGUUGAUGUUCAGUCCCAUUCAGUAAUCCCUUCCUUUCUUUUGAACUUCUCAGCUUUGCAUUGUUGUGUUGUUGGAGCGCUGUGUACAUUGUUCUUCUUGAGAACGAGCUCCCUGCAUGUAUGGAUCCAAGGGAGCUCACUCCUGAUUGGCAGACAUGGCGCCUCCUUGUGUCCGUCUAAACUACAAAACCAGCUAAUAGUGACUCAAUUAAACUACAAACUCACUUAUGGCAGCCAGCGAGCAACCUUCGCAACCGACUAUAUCCCCUACAUAUAUACAACACCCCUUACCCAACCGCUGCGGCCAUCGAUCUUCUCAACCUUCUGAGUUGCAAACAUCAUGUCCCAUCCCCCGUAUGACCCCCAUGCCUCUGGGAGCCAAAGGUCAUCCCAAGGGCCAUGUGGACUCUCGACGACAGAGGCAGAAAUGGACCCUCAGGGUGCAUCCUCCGAUCUUGGACCUCCUGGCUCAAGCCCGAGUUCUUCCGGAGCUUCCUCUGGAAUUCCCGACAAUUCUCGGCCAAUAAUACCACCGUUGAUGUCUCUGUCGGGAAAUGACAGGCCUGCCGUGGACGAGGAUUUUGCUAGCUCUGUAGACGUGAGCAUUAGCGGCGCCGGAGAGGAGGUGAGGUUUCUGGACCGGGACACUUCCAGCUCACAAAGAGAUUCCGGCACAGGAAUGGAGUCCUACCCCUGGUUGCAGUCCUCAACCUCUGCCUCUGUCGGACCUGGAGACAACAUGGACACACAAAGUGACAAUAAGCCCUUGGACUGGUUUUUGAACUACAAAAGACCCGCUGCUGAUGACUCGCUCCCUGCUUUGUCUAGCUCAGAACGCACUGAAGGCGGUACGUUAAAUACCACCAAUGAGUCCAAUCUAGGGUUGGGUCAUUAUGGCGAUCCAGUGUCCCCAAAACCAGAAUCCUUAACAGAGUCCGAUCAUCCCAAGUGCACCUCUGGAACGGCAGCUGAUAUCGUUCUGCAGUUUGGACUUGAAAAAGAAGAUUUGGAACUUCUCAUCUCCUAUCCCGAAGACCAGAUUACUCCCGCUAACCUGCUGGUGAUUUUACAACAAAUACGCCUUCAGAAGGACAAGAGGUCGGCCAGCAGGUCCUCGCGUAGUUCAGCGUCGAGCUCUGCAACUUCUCAAAGCACCGAGCAAACAAACCAGCCGCUCGCCGGCCUGAUUACCUACAACCACUUGGCGCAUCUGAUUUCCGAUGCGCGGUCUCCCGUAAAGGCGGCGGUCUCCAAGAAUCGGCCGACGCCAGCUAUGAUUCAAGACUACUCCUCUGUCCCGCCGAGUGUGUUCCCACACACCUGUUCUCUGUGCGACCAUAAAUGUUCCAAAAUGGUGGAUUGGACGCAGCACCGGAUGAACGGCCUUCACUUUUCCAACUGCCAAAAGCUUCUCAGACAUUACCCUAACUGGGUGCCUAAGGUUGAUAUGGAGACCAGGACUGCAGGUAAAGAUGCAAAGUCAUCAACCUCUGCAGAGACUCGGCGACAUGAGAGAACCAGAUAUGAGAGUCGUUCCGGGUCCAAGUCAAAGAGCCCCCGUCGGCGCCAUGGCUCUGACGGUCGAAGGAAUAAACGACGAUCCCGAUCGCCUCAUCGCUCCAGAUACCAUCGCAGGUCCCGAUCGCGGUCUCGCUCCCCACAGCACGACCCCCGGAUCUCCUCACGCCAUCGGUCACGUUCAAGGAGCCCCGAGAGACAAUCAUCUCCAAGGAGGAGUGGCAGGAGACGGUCGACGCCGAGAAGGAGCCGUGAGAGACGAUCGCCUAGGAGAAGGAAGCGUGAGAGGAGAUCACCGCCGGAGUCUGAGUCGUGCCCUGAACGAGAGAGGAAAAGCAGCGCAGAGAGACUGGCUAAGAAACUCCUGGAAACAUCAGGUGUCCUCUCGCUGUCAAAUCAGAACGACCUGGAGGCCGUGGUUAAAAGUCUUGCUCCCGCCUUAGUGGCAGAACUAUCCAAGAUGAAAUCCUCUUCCUCCGGUAAAGGACGGAAAGGCUCCUCUUCUCCUCCCUCUGCACGAGGAAAGAGAUCGUCUGCAUCCUCCUCCUCUACAGAACGGAAGGAGUCUGCAACGAACGCCUCUAAAGCAAAGCCCAACCUGCAGAAAAGCGAGCCCAGUAAAGUGUCACCUCAGACCACGGUGACCCUGCAGGAGAUUUGGCCUACUCUCUCUCACAGCGACGUGCUCUCUGCCGUCGAGCAGUUUGGAAAAACAAAGUCGGUCGUUCUGUAUCGGGCCAAGAUGGAGGGCGUGGUGAUUUACGAGAAAGAAGAGGACGCUAAGAAGCUGAAGAGCUUGAAGUCAUUCUACGUCAACGGAAUCCCUCUCACUGUUGGCAAAGAAAAGGUGACUGUUGGUAAGGAGAAGACCCCUCCUCUGAAAAAACCCGCCAUGUCUAGUCCAUCCUCAACUGAAUCCAGCAGUGAAAAGAUUCAUCCCACAAGUGUAACAUCCAACACUAAAGACAAACAUGUGAUUUUGGAAGCUAAGAGCGUCUCAACCCAACAGAAAGCCAAAACUCUACAAACUGGAUCGUUGUCUACAGAGGGAGCCUCAGGGUCCAAGUCCGAGUCUCCUGGAAACAAGCCUGCAUCUGAAAAGUCUAAAACCACCGUUACAGAACCUGGAGAGGAGCUGAAAGACAAACCAAAAGCUCCAGAACCGGUGAAGGCCUCAGAGGUUAAAGUAGAAACGGUCUCAACAACACAGAAACCCAAAACUCCAGUGGACAAGCUGCCUGCAGGAGAAGCUGCCACUAAAGAAAGCGUCUCUGAAAUAGCUCCAAAAGAUGCAAAGAAUCCCACUAAAUCCACAGCUCCAGAUCAUCAGUCUGAGGACAACUCCAAGCCUAAAGAAUCUGAAACUAAGCUUCAAGAGUCUUUGGAGGAGCCGAGGGACACGGCCGAGGAUGUUGAAAAAGCACAUGAACCAGCUGUUGAACCCGAGAGUCGAGGAAAACCCGACAACGCUGAAGAUUCAGAUGAACCGAUGGAGCUCGAGGUGUCAGGAGGUAAAGUAUCAGAACCUGUGGAAGUCAAAGGGGAAGAAACGAGUUCAGAGGCUGCACCGGAAAGUUCAGCAGACGAACCCGGAGAGAGUCGACCGCCGACCGGUUCAGUCGAGACUCAGCCGACAGAAACGUCCGUCGAAGCUUCCAGCCAGGAAAGCGUCUCGCCAGAACCGGAACUGGAGACGAACGCAGAAGACGCUUCACAUAUGAAACAGCAGGCUGCUGCAGGUCUGGGGACUUCUCAGACGACCCCAACAUGUGCAGCAUUGGCCGAGGAGUCCUCCAAAGCCGCGGACACUUCUGCAUCUUUGACCCCCCAGGAAACGGCUGCAGGGACGAACGAGCAGCAGCCUUCACCUGUAGUUACCCCCCCGACUGCCGGGGAGAUGAUGGACACCCUCCUGGAUGCAUCGAAAAUAAGCUACUUCCGCACAAAGUCGUGCUUCGUGCUCGACUUUUUAAAGUUCGGAAGGAGGCAGCUGCUCAUUUCCAAUCUGCCGAAGUACGACGUUUGCCACUACACCGAGGACGACGUUGCCAAGCAGCUCACUCCAUUCGGCUUUCAACACACGGACGACAGCGUCUUUGUUUUUCCUCAGGCUCGAUUGGCGUUCGCCUUGAUGCCGACAAAAGACGAUGUACGUGAAGUCAUGAAAGCAGCUGUUCACCAUCGCAUUCUCUUGAAGGGGACUGUCCUCUGGUUUAAGGUUUUAUCCUCGACCAAAAUGUACAGCCCGCUCGGGUUAUAUACGAUUCUGAUGAAGACGAUGAAGUCUCCUCUGAAGGAUGAAGGAAGUAGACUGGUCUACAUCAAGAACAUCUCCCAGCUGGAAACCCGCAAGCUCAGGGAAGCGUUGAGAUUUUUUGGCUCUUUCAGGAACUUCAUGCCUCUCCUCAACAAAGUGUUUAUAGAAUUUCAGACGGUCGAAGAUGCCGAUCGUUUUGGAGGUUGGUACAGUCGGGUGAAACCGGGGCAUGGUCAUGACGUGCGAAGGCUCAACAUGGACGAAGGCAGCUCUUUAGAAACAGAGCCCACAUCUGAAGAGGACAGGAGAAUGGAUGAAUCCUCGGCCAACGAUUCCUCUAAAGCUGCCAGCAGAGCCUUGGCUGUGACGACUGAAGAAGCUGCAGCCAAUCAGCGUCAAGCUCAUGCCACGCCUCUGACCUGUGGGGAGAUGAUAGAAGAGUACCUGUGCUCCAGGAGAAUUCAGUGUCGUCCAGAAGAAUCCUGCCUCACACCAAAGUUUUUGAAACAUGGCCGCAACUUGAUGCUCAUAACCGAGCUGCCCAGCGGCGGCCGCUACACGGAGGCCAAGGUUGCCGAACUGCUCGCUCCUUUUGGAUUUCGAUACAAGGAAGACACAAUCUAUGUGGUUCCUCAGUCGCGCAUGGCGUUCAUUUUGAUGAACGACACCCAAGCAGUGCAAAACCUCCUGAGAAGCCAUAAAGAGCGACCGCUCACUUUACAAGGAACCAGACUCAGCGUCAACGUUGUCCUCGGCAGGUUUAAAAUGGAACCAAUUGGCUUCUAUAGAUCUCUGAUGGACCACAUCGAUUUUCCCGUAGCAGACGAUGGGGCGAGAACGCUCUUCAUCACCAACAUUUCGUUGAGUGAGAUCAGAGAGCUCAGAGAAGCUUUGAUCAAAAUCGGUUCAGUUCGGAACUUCCUGCCUCUUCUCAACAAGGUGUUCAUAGAAUUUGACUCGUACCGUGAUGCUGAUCGGCUCGGGGUUUGGUACAGCGUUCUUAAACAAGCCCCCGGUCACGUAGUCGGGAGGUUGAAGGUACCGACCAGUGGCUGCACAUCACUCGCGCCGAGACUUCCUGAAAACGCCUUUCCAGUCCACCAGGACGUCAUGGAGGGAGUAACCAUCCCGCCGGCAGACGUCGCCGUUCCUCCGGGCAGCGUGGCCCCGUUUUGGGUCACAAUGAGAAAUGUUCCCUUCGUCUUCCCAACCAUUUCUCCUUGGUUCAUCACCCCAGAGUACCAGACCAUCAGGGACCUGGGCGACAUCGAGAGAGCCAAAGACUCCUCGUCGUCCACCAUCAUGCUGACUGGUUUGCCAGAAGGAAACUACCAACAUGAGGAUGUGGCAAGGCUGGUGUGGCCAUAUUUCCCCCAAAAGACCCUUCACACCCUGUACUACAACGUGACAGUCCUACCGCUGCAGAGGAGGGCAUUUGUGUCUUUUGAGGACUCCAAAGCAUGCCGCCAUUUUGUCCGAGAUCACAUGGCAACGCCUUUCUCUGUCCAGGGCCGCACAAUCAGGGUCCAUAUCGUGCUGCAGCACAUGCAUCCUGAAUCCACUGAGGAGAUGAUGUACAUGAGCCUGAUGAAGUGGAGUAACGCUGGAGUUCCUGAUCCCGACUCUCUGGAGGAGCGGCUGCUGUGUGUGCGGAUCAGAGAGGUGUCUGUGGAGCUCGUCCUCUUGGUUUUGGAGGCGGUGGCCGUUGUUGCACCCUUUGUAAACUUCCUGCCACUCGCCAACAGGAUAUGCAUCGAGAUGGCCGAACCGAGCGGUGUGACAAAGGUGUUGGAGAAGAGGAACUCUUUAUGCCCCGUCACCAAUGAAAAAAUUAAAGCAUGGGAAAAAGUUGUUGGUUUUGAGACCGUGAAGAACCUCGAGCAGCGUCUACAAGCUCCUAGCAAGACGUCACCAACGGUUAAAAUGAUCGAUGCCAAGGUGGACACCGAGCUGCCAGCUUCAGAUUGUCCAACUGAGCGUCCUCCUUCUGAACCUUUGGACAGUGGGUCCCAAUCUGCUCUGCAAACCAGCAACCCUGAUGGAUCCACUGCAGGACCAAGUCCUACUGUCACGAGUGAUGAAGCAAACACAAAGGAAGGCGAGAACCCAGGGACUGAGGUCGCCAUGGACGCCACCACUGCUGCUGGUUCCAAUUCCAAUGAAGAUGUCAAAAAACCAUCUGCUUCCAGCCCCGACCUCUCCGCCACAGCACUCAUGUCUGAGGAAGAGCUCGAUAAGGUUGACACGGACAGUUUACACGCUCUCUACGCGGCAGUGGGCGUCCACGAAUGCCGGCGAGUCAGCAGGUCUAACAACAUGGACGACGACGAGGCAAAUUCGACGUCCUCCCCUAGGACCGGGUCGUCGUCUUCUGCACAGGAAAGGGAAAAUAUUAACUCUAAAGAAACUGUUGUUGACGCCUCAGUGGAGACUCAUCCCGAGCGACUUACAGAGGGUGCAGUGGCAAUGUCUGCCCACAAGGUGUCAGCAGAGGGCGCUGCUGCAGAAUCAGUUGAGUCCGAGACAGAGAUGGAAACGUCAGCAGUGAUGAAGAGGAACAAAGAGGAAGGAGAAAAAGAUGGUGAUGAAACUGAUGAACAGAUGGGUGAUGGCGACCAAGACCAAAGCUCUAAAACACAGACCACUGGGCCCAAGGAAUCCCCGACUCUGCCUGAAGAACGCCUCCAGAUCUCGGACGGUAUCGACGAUGAACGCAAAGCCCAAACAGAGGCGUCCAAUGAAAUGGAAAUGGAUUGUUCUUUCCAAGGCCAAGAAGACAGCCACAUGGUCCAAGAUGAUGGUUCCAUUGUGAAGCAGCUGUCUGAGGAAAGUGACAAACCAGAAGUGGAUAAAUCUAAAGAUAAGGAAGAUGUGGAGAAGACAGAAUUAAAAGACGAAGAAGAAGUCAAAAUGAUUUCAAACGCAUCUUGCAAAGCUUCCAAAGACGCUGAAAAUCAAGUGAAAACCACUCCAGAAAGGUCUGAUAGAAGAAGAAGCACAAGAGGAAAGAAAGAGGAGAACGACAGUGUACACCUCAAAGAAGCAUCUGAAAAACCUGACGGGGAUGAGGAGGCUACGGUUCAGGUUUUGGACUCCGUAGAAGAGGUGGCUGUCAAUAAUGGACCAACCAUCACAUCUAGAACAACCAGAGGAAGGAGGGAACGAGCUAAGACAGAUGCUUCAAUUGACCAGACGAUGGAAGAGGACACCACACCAACAAAGGGGAGGCGUACUCCAUCCAGAGAGUCCCAACGCUGCGAGAAAGAUUCUCCAAAAGAGAGCCCACCAACAAAGACCUUUGAAGCACUGGACUCUGUGGAGGUCGAGGUUAUGAAGGAUGAUGGGCCUAGUACGAGAGCAAAAGGAAAGAGGGGAAGACCUAAAAAACAGAAUGUGACAACAAAUCGAGAAGGAGCGACACCAGCGGUGGUUGAAAACUUGCCGGAGACCAGAUCGCUCAGCCAGGAGGAGGAACCGGUUAACGUCUUGAACCCAAAGACUGUGGUGACUUUGGACGAUGCUGGAGGUGAUGAAGAGGAAAAAACAGAUGGAUACCAAGCUGGGAAAACCUCAAGACCUGCAGAGCUCAAACACGAUGAUGACACAGAGGAAAGUAUGAACUUUGUGACGGAGGAGAAGGUGGAAGAGGAGGAGGUCGAGGAGGCGGUAACACCCCGGAGAAGAGGCCGAGCCAGGAGGAGCAGACCGACUCCUGUGAGGAAAUCUACCAGAGGGAAAACUGUGAGCACAAAAGAGGAACUGCCUCCCUCUUCACUUGAUGCCUCCUCCUCCUCCUCGUCGUUGUUGGACAAAGACUCUUCUAAUCGGUCAAAUGACGGCCAUGUGGAGCUCCAGAAGACAGAGGAGGCUGCCUCUGCUGGGCCGGAGCUGCUACUGCAGAACAAAAGCCUGGAGGGAUGUGCAGUAGAAGAAGAAGAAGAAGAAGAAGAAGGGGAGGAGGAGGACACAGAAUGGAGCAGGGCUGAUAUUAAAGCUUUGAAUCAAAGCAGGAGGGAGUCUCCUUCUGUCCCUGCAGACUUCAAACUGCCGGACUUCAAACCCAACAACCCCCUCGGUCAGGAGUUCGUCGUCCCCAAAUCCAGGUAUUUCUGUAAACUGUGCUCCGUUUUCUAUUUGAACGAGAGGACGGCCAAGGAGCUCCACUGCAGCAGCCAGAAGCACUACGACAACCUGCAGAAAUAUUUCCAGGAACUUGAAGAUAAGUCAUGAAGCUUGAUUGAUUGAUCCAAACUUCAGCCGCCAUUUUUUAAGAAAUGAAAAUCCGAUUACCUUUUUCAGAGGUUUUUUUGUUGUUGUUGAGGUUUUCAACCACUGCAGAUCGAUUUGUAAAUAAAGCAGUUUGUUUAAGUUAAAA